ACCUCCUGACGCCGCAACCGUUGCUCCCAAAGGCCCAACUUUUUGAUUUCCCAGGGCUCCUAACACAACUCCUACAACACCCAACCUCCCGGCGUCAGAAAUCUCCUCAGCAGCCUACCUGAGAGGGCCAGCAUGGAUUCCAUCAUGAUGGUCGUCUCCAGGAUGUCCCAUCCCGUACAAACUCCCACCAUGCAAGACGUCCGCCUUCUGCAACACGAAGAGCGCAUGGCCCUAUUGUCUGGACCCACAGUUACGUUGCGUCACCGAGUCCUCACGAUCGAAGUUCCCAAACGAGCACUCAUGGCGUUUUCGCCCGUGUUGAACUCGCACUUAGUAACCCAACCAACCACCAGCGAGAUCCGGUUUGAUUAUGAAGCCGACCAAGUGACUACGUUCGCGUUCAAGGCGAUUGUGCAGUUCAUGAACGAGUGCAUUGUCCUGGGACAGCGCGUUCGGCUCGACCACGGGUAUUGCGUGAAGAACGCCAUUGAGAUGUACCGGUUUGGCAGACUCCUCGGCUGGACCACGUAUCUCGAGGAUAUCAGUUCGUUCCUUGAAGAGCAACUUCCGUGUCCCAGCAAAGGGGAGAUAUUCGGGAGGAUGGAGUUGGCGCUGUUUCAAACGCUUGAUAGCCAAGAUAUGAUCUACAGGCGCUUGGUAGAUAUCCUCGAGAGAGACCAAUUUGGUGAUUCAUAA